AUGCAGCAAAUCGAUUUCACUUAUCACAUUACACUCUCUGACAAGCAACGCUGCAUAAACGGUAAACGACUUUUCUGGUGUUUUGAUGAUUCAACCAUUUUCCAUGGAAGAAAGAAAAAACGCAUGGAAACGGUAGCGAAGCUGCCGUCGAGUGAUCUUGGCUCAUGCCGUCUUACAUGUCGCUCUUUAAAUAGUCUUAUCGAGGGAAACUGGAACGCCUUAGAGCCGCGCUACAUCGGUAUCGUCGAGUUCACACCAAGUGGUGAUGUAUGGUGCUUGAGAGGAUCCAUGCGCUUUUAUUACAAGCGAAAAUUGGAAUAUUUCAACAACGUUGCCAUAUUUUUUCUCAUUUUGCUUUAUGGCGAACUAACGACCCCAAUGAUCCAGUCUCUCACGCAGACAUUGACUCAGUCGCGAAUAUCCAUCAGAAGGAUUGUCAUUUGCAACACUCCAUGUCGCUGUGAGGUGGAACACUUGUUAGCUCUCAUAGAAAGUGCACAGACAAAGUCUUUGAUUAUCGAUGUAUGCGGUAGGAUUGAUCUAGGAAAGAAGCUCUCAGUGGAGCCUUUAAUACAGAGACUCCAAACUGUGUUCAUAUAUUCAUAUGGAAGUGAGGCUAGUUACUAUAUGGCAGAACCCUUUUUCAAAUAUGACGCAAUCACUCUAGAGGAACUCGACGGACUGAUGGAAGUGUGGCACAUGGGAAGCAUAAAACUUCUACAUCUCCACAUGCCCUCAUAUGGCGAUUGGACAACAGAUACGAAGUCGGUUUUGAAGGCAGUAGGAAAAUCUUUUAGUGGUAUACGUGGGAAUGUACUCCUCAAUGACGAAGGACAGGGAUUUCGAGUUGAUGUAAAUGAUGGUCGUGUCACGUUUGCGUAUGUGGAAAAGAAACGUAAACAUCGUUCUCAUGUAUAGUUCUCAUCUGUGUGAUUGAUAUUGUGAAGGUAACCUGUGGAUAUAAGAUUUUCUAGUUUCUUAGCGCAUUCUAUAGUUGGCCCAAUUCCAGCAUGUAUGUGUUGAGUACCACUUUCGAGCCUACUCUCAGUGCAAGAACACAGUUAACACAUCUCGCUACUCUAUUCUUAUCUUUUGAAUAACGACUGCAACUUUUCACCCG